AUGGCAAGAGCCUUGUACAGCUUCACUAUGAACCUGCAAAGCAACGGCCUGUCUGUUCAGUGGUACCUGAAGUCCAAGCCGGUGGGAAAGGUGAGGCGGCGUGUACAGGAGAUGAAAAACCCAUCUGUCUCCCUGGUGUCGGGUGACGUUGACCUCAGCCACAACGAGAGCACCAGAUUGGCCAUGGAUGCCUUGCUGAACCAGGGAUUGGACAUGUACCAGGAAGUACUGGCCGGAGAGGGCGAGGUGGACUUCCUGUCCAAGGAGGAGAAAGGUUAUAUCCUGGAGAACACUACAGACCUGAGCACCAGCAGUCUGUGUGGGACGGAGAACGACAACCAGGCAGAGGGCUCCACCACCUCUUCCCAGACAAACACCUGUUGUCCAUCCGUGUCUGAGAGCGAGCCCCCCGGCUUGGACCACGGCUGGCCGGCAGAGGACUGGAGCUACCGCCUGCAGGGUGAACCCAGUGUAGAGGUCUACUUCCAGUCUGAUAGAGCAGCCAGCAUGAAAGACCUGCUCAGAGAGUUCAUCAGCAAGGCCACAAUGGUUCUAGCCAUUGUAAUGGACACAUUCAGUGAUGUGGAGAUGUUCUGUGACAUCCUGGAGGCAACCAGGAAGAGGAACGUGUCCGUCUACCUGCUCCUGGACCAUAUCAACCUGCAGGUCUUUGUCAAGAUGUGUGAGACGCUACAGAUCAACAGUAAUCAUCUCACUAAAAUGUCGGUCCGUAGUAUACAAGGAGAGACGUAUUGUGCAAAGUCUGGAAGGAAACUCACUGGACAGAUCAAAGAGAAGUUCAUGAUCAUUGACUGCACUUUGGUGCUGGCUGGAUCAUACAGUUUCACCUGGCUGUCCUGGCAGGUCCACAGAAGCCUGGCUGUGCUCUUCAAGGGCAGCGCGGUCAAGCCUUUCGACCUGGAGUUUAGGAAGCUCUAUGCCAGCUCCAAGCCUGUGCCAGGCUUCCUCACAACGGCAACGGAAUUCAACCUUACCAGGCCGCUUAUUACCCAUCAAGCAGCAGCCACCUCAACCCCACUGACAAACCUUCCUUGCCCCAGUCCUGGUACCACAACCCAGAACAGAUACUUCAACAACCAGGCUAUGGUUCAACCAACCACCACAGUUGUGCCCAGAUUCAACACUGAAUCUACUGUUCAACCAACCACCACAGCCCAGCUCAGAUACUCUAGCCAAAACACAACGGUUCAGCCAACUACAACCACCCAGCAGACACACCCCAACACUCCGCCAACAGCACCCCCAACCUCCCAGCAGAGACACCCCAACACUCAGCCAACAGCACCAACAACCUCCCAGCAGAGACACCCCAACACUGAGCCAACAGCACCCCCGACCUCCCAGCAGAGACACCCCAACACUCCGCCAACAGCACCACCAACCUCCCAGCAGAGACACCCCAACACUGAGCCAACAGCACCACCGACCUCCCAGCAGAGACACCCCAACACUCAGCCACCAACCUCCCAGCAGAGACACCCCAACACUCAGCCAACAGCACCACCAACCUCCCAGCAGAGACACCCCAACACUCCGCCAACAGCACCACCAACCUCCCAGCAGAGACACCCCAACACUCAGCCAACAGCACCACUAACCUCCCAGCAGAGACACCCCAACACUCAGCCAACAGCACCAACAACCUCCCAGCAGAGACACCCCAACACUCAGCCAACAGAACCACCGACCUCCCAGCAGAGACACCCCAACACUCAGCCAACAGCACCAACAAACUCCCAGCAGAGACACCCCAACACUCAGCCAACAGCACCACUAACCUCCCAGCAGAGACACCCCAACACUCAGCCAACAGCACCAACAACCUCCCAGCAGAGACACCCCAACACUCAGCCAAGAGAACCACCGACCUCCCAGCAGAGACACCCCAACACUCAGCCAACAGCACCAACAACCUCCCAGCAGACACACCCCAACACUCCGCCAACAGCACCACCAACCUCCCAGCAGAGACACCCCAACACUGAGCCAACAACCUCCCAGCAGAGACACCCCAACACUCCGCCAACAGCACCACCAACCUCCCAGCAGAGACACCCCAACACUCAGCCAACAGCACCACCGACCUCCCAGCAGAGACACCCCAACACUCCGCCAACAGCACCACCGACCUCCCAGUGCUUGGUGAAUCAGUCUUACUACACAGGUCCCCGGAGCCACAGGUUUGACUGGAUCACACAGAGACACACUGCAACCAGGCCCGUCAUGUUCCAGAGAACCUUCUCCAGUGAUUAUAGUACUGGAGACCACCUGACCUGGCGACCCUUUAAAAGCAAUUACCUUCUUUAUGGAGGGACAACCGGCUUGUUGGACAGACACCCACUUCUCAAGACUGGCCAGUGGUUUACUGUUCCUAAAUAA